GUGCUCUUGGGUGCGAUUCGCUAAUUUCAAUUCCGCAUUCGACGUUCAAUUUUUCGACAUUUUUAUUUUUAUUUCACGAAUUAUCCAUUAACUUCCAAAUAAACAAGGGUCGUUGCAAAUUUUGACCCAUGGACUUUUUUAAACUUCUCGGGGCCGGUGCCAAAUUUGACAAGAGCCGCUUCAAGGAGGAUAUAUCCGUUUUCAAGCCCUCAAGGCGCGCAGACCAGCAGACAAUCGAUGUCGUAGAUAUUGUUCCAAAGGAGCUCGACUUUUUCGGGGAUCACAGCAGGCAGCAGUCAAAGAGGAGUGAGGCAGCCAUUCCUGCGAGCCAGGUCAGCGGAUCCGCCAGCCAGUUCAUAAAGGAAGAGGAUGAUCACACGCCAUUCAAAAACAACAACGAGGUCGCCACAUACCUGAAGAGCCAUCGGAUCAAGGUGACUGGAAGCGACGUCCCGCACCCAGUCAAAUCGUUUGAGAUGCUGUGCAAGGAGCACGAAUUCCAGCCGUUUGUUCUGCGCAACCUUAUAAAGUUUGGUUUCAAGCAGCCGACGCCGAUUCAGAUGCAGGCAAUCCCAAUUGCCGUGCACCGCCGGGACCUCAUUGCCAACGCGCCGACAGGAUCAGGAAAGACACUCGCGUUUUUGCUGUCCAUACUGCACCAGGUGCACACUGAGGAGAAGCAGGGCCUGCGGGCCGUUAUUGUGUCGCCGACCAGGGAGCUCGCGACGCAGAUCCAUGAGCACUUGAGCAAUCUCACCACAGGCCGUAAGAUUAAGACGUGGCUGAUGACAAAGCAGACAGCAGCAAUGCAGGCGCAGGAUCCGGCGCUGCGCCAAAAGUAUGAUAUCUUGGUGACCACGCCGCUGCGUCUGGUGCACGCAAUCCAGAACAACGAAAUUGAUCUGAGUCGGGUGCGCAACUUGGUGCUUGACGAGGCCGACAGCCUGAUGGAGAAGGGCUUUGUGGAGCAGGUCGACGAGAUCCUGGCCGCGUGCACAUCAACCAAUCUGCAGAUCUCGCUGUACAGCGCGACUAUGCCCGCCAGUGUGGAAGAGAUGGCCAAAACGAUUAUGAAGGAUCCGAUUCGCAUCAUUGUUGGUUCAAAGGGCGCCGCUACAGAAACCAUCGAUCAGAAUCUGGUGUUUGUCGGAUCUGAAGAAGGCAAGCUGGUCGAGAUCCGCAAUAUGGUCGCGCAGGGGUUCAAGCCCCCCUGCCUUAUAUUUGUCCAGUCCAUUGACCGUGCCAAGGAGCUGUUUCACGAGCUGGUCUUUGACGGAAUCAACGUUGAUGUCAUCCACUCGGAGCGCACGCAGACACAGCGGAACCGCAUUGUGCAAAAGUUCCGCACAGGCGAGCUUUGGGUGCUCAUCUGUACCGAACUGAUGGCCCGUGGUAUCGAUUUCAAGGGUGUCAAUCUUGUCAUCAACUACGAUUUUCCGCAGACCACCCAGUCGUACAUUCACCGUAUUGGUCGUACAGGUCGCGCUGGCCGCUCCGGAAAGGCAAUUACCUACUUCACAAAGCAGGACGCACCGUAUCUCAAAACUAUCGUCAACGUGAUGCGCCAGUCCGGAUGCGAGGUCCCCGAGUGGAUGCUGCAGCUGAAGAACCCGAAGCACAAUGACAGGAAGAUCCUGAAGAAGAAGCCCCUUGAGCGGGAUGCCAUCAGCACGGUGCCAAAGUAUGACCAGAAGCGCCAGAAGCACAAGCAGCAGAUUAUUGAGCAGUCAAAGGCCAAGAAGCAGCGAGUACAGCCCAACGGCGAGUCUAGCACCAAGAACAAGAGCCAUGACUCGAACGUGUCUGAAGACUCGGAGUAAAUCUAAAAACAAACACAUACAAUAAAUCAAAGCAAACCAAACUGUUUCUAUAAUUUUAAACAGACAAAAAAUUGGAGAUAAUCAUAUAAAUAGGCAAUAUAGACGAUUGUCCAUGACCUGUGAUUUCUU